AUGGAAGACGAAUCCGCACGGGUUUCUGACGACUACGUCUCGGACACCUCCGUGUCGAAGAUCAGCAGCCCUAGCUACGCUACAGUCACGACCGAGAUCCACACUGAGUCGGAGUUUGUCAUUGAGAUCAAGCACGAGACAAUACCCGAGGAUCCGUUACUCCCUAAAGCCAUGAAUGUGUGCGUCAUGUGCGACAGGCCAGCAACUGUGCCGUGUCUGGAAGCGUUUGACACCGACUACCAAGUCAUCACCCCGAGAGAUGUCCCCGUGACCACGAUGAGUAACUUCGUGUAUGUGGCAUCCUAUAGCCUGAAGGGUAUGUUCAGUGCAGAGGAGGUCAAUCAAUCCCUGGCUGUCCUAACCAAAGGACUUAUCCCCUUUAUUCCUGGGACGGCGAUUAUUGCGGCACUGUCAUGGUCUCCUGAAAGGACAUCGCCCCUCAAUCUCGAGGAUGUCACCGGCCGUGACAUUGUAUUUGCACUAGACAAAUUGAGGUUGGAGAAUGUUGGGGUGUACAACCCUGACCCACGUCGCAAUAACCUACCUUCGGUGCCUGGUAUCAAGAUCACCGACUUUAACAACCCAUUCUUCGCGCGUGCAUUUGGGGCUGAUCAUGGAAUUGAGAGCUUGCAGCCGGUUCAGGUCUUGGAAAGAGAAAUGCGCUAUAAAGGGCAUGAGAAGAUGUUUGGCUGCACCAUUCCCUUUCUCCUCGGUUUGCCUUGGAUUACGCGUGCCGAUAAUGACCCUCGGUGGGAGAUAGAAAGGAGGAAAAUCGAAAAGCCAAUCAAUCUCCGCUACCUGAAUUUUCAAUUCGAUGCGGGAGACGAGCGGCGGAUCUUGGAAAAUAUUCGGUUGUCUAACGACGAAGAUUGGCAGGCAGCACCGUGUCACUACGGAACCUUCGUUCUCGUACAUUUGCUGGGAGUCAAAAUCUACCCUUACCACAUUUCGGCCUUAUGCGACUAUCUUGAUUACUGCUCCGAAUUCACCACCACUCCGAGCAAGGAAGGGUUUCUUGACUCUUGGCAACAGUGGUGUCAGGCGCAUGACGGAGAUCGGGACAAGUUUAUCUCACCUUACGAUACUGGCAAUCUAGAGGAAGCGGAUCGUCCCGACGAUGGCGCCAAAUCACCAGCCAGGAAUUUGUAG